UCAAGCUCUUUAUUGGCUAAGGUGCACGCUUUUGACUCCUUCCCUAGCAAAGACUAUUCUAUUCUGUACAUCCAUAUUGGAUAUCUGAGGACAGUACUUAACCAAAUUAGCAGCCACAGUUCAAAAGAUUAAUGAUACCAAUGGCCUCUUCUUCUGCAGCAUCCAUAAUUUUUUUUACUAUUUUCGCAGGCAUUAUUUCUUUGAGCCAGUCCAGUUUGGUAGACCACGCCUGUGGAACUAACGGCAACUACACAACCAACAGUCUUUAUGAUAGAAACCUUGGCACCGCGCUAGCCAAACUCUAUUCCAACGCCAACACUAGCAACUCCGGUUUCUAUAACGCCUCUGUGGGCAAAGACUCGGACAAAGUUAAUGCGCUGGUGCUAUGUAGGGGUGAUGUUCAACCCGGUAUCUGCAGAAGCUGUGUGAGAGACGCGGUAGACAAGAUAAGGAAGCUGUGUCCUAACCAAAAGGAGGCUGUGGAGUGGUACGACGAGUGCAUGUUAAGGUACUCCAAUGAUUCGGUUAUCAACAAUCCAGUUAAUGAGCCGACCAGAGAGAUGUUCAAUGCGAAAAAUGCAACUGAUGCGGUUCAGUUUAGUAAAGACCGUAAGGCCUUGUUGGAUGAGGUGAGGGAAGAAGCAAUUGUGCAAAAGUUUGCCACAAGGAAUAUGAGUACUGGAACAGAUGGUAAGAGUACUAUUUAUGGGCUCAUGCAGUGCACCCCUGAUUUAGACAUAGAUGGCUGCCAUGACUGUCUUGAUGAUGCAUUGGAAGAAAUUGCGGAUGGAAGUGGAACAAUUGGAGGACAAGUAUUGAAACCAAGCUGUAGGCUUAGGUUUGAGAUUACGCCUUUUUAUAACGAGACGACUAUAGUUUUUGCACCAUCACCACAGCCACAGCCGUCUCCACCACCACCAUCAUCGUCGUCUCAUGGAAAAGAUAAUAUCACACGAAUAGUAAUUAUAACUGUUGUUGUGAUUGUUGGCUUUGCUGUUCUCCUACUUAUUUUGGUUUGCAUUUUCAAGAAGAAGCCAAAGCAGAGGACUGAUACUGCAACUUUCCAGACUGACAAUGUGGAAGAAAUAAGAAGCUCCGACUCCUUGCAGUAUGACUUUAAUACAAUAGAAGUUGCUACAAAACACUUCUCACCUAGCAAUAAGCUUGGACAAGGUGGAUUUGGAGCUGUUUUUAAGGGGACGCUGAAGAGUGGUCAAGAGGUGGCUGUGAAACGCCUUUCAAAAGGUUCAGAGCAAGGUGAAGAAGAAUUUAAAAAUGAGGUUUUGUUAGUGGCACAGCUGCAACACAGAAAUUUAGUUAGGCUCCUGGGUUUCUGCUACGAAGGAACCGAAAGACUUCUCAUUUAUGAGUUUGUGCCUAAUGGAAGUCUUGACCGUUUCAUAUUUGAGACGACAAGGCGCUCAUUCCUGGACUGGGAACAACGAUACAAAAUCAUAGGAGGAGUUGCUAGGGGACUCCUUUACCUUCACGAAGAUUCUAGACUACGUAUUAUUCACCGAGACCUAAAGCCAAGCAAUGUUUUGCUAGAUGCGGAUAUGAAUCCCAAAAUUUCAGAUUUUGGCAUGGCAAGACUCUUCGGCGUGGAUGAAACUCAAGGAAAUACAAGUAGAGUAGUGGGGACAUAUGGAUAUAUGGCGCCCGAGUAUGCAAUGUAUGGGGAGUUCUCAGCCAGGUCUGAUGUAUUCAGCUUUGGUGUAUUAGUUCUGGAGAUAGUGAGUGGUCAAAGAAACAACUGCUUUCGGAAUGGCAGGAAUGUCCAGGAACUGACCAGUGCUGCUUGGAAGAAUUGGCAACAAGAAAGUGCAUCUGAUAUUAUCGAUCCAACGCUUAAAAAUAGUUCAGAAUCAGCGCGCGAAAUAAUAAGGUGUAUUCACAUUGGGCUACUGUGUGUGCAAGAAAAUGUUGCGGAAAGGCCUACCAUGGCCUCGGUGGUGCUUAUGCUGAAUACCUUUUCUCUGGCUCUUGCAUUACCUUCACAGCCUGCUUUUCUGUCACGCAGCGGCAGUGGUUCAAGGGUAAGUGAGAGAUCUAGUCAAGCAUUGGAUCACUCCAUGGACCUUGCUUCAAUCACUGAGUUACAUCCCCGGUGAUAAAUUAACAAGUGUGUGAUGUUACAAGUUUUGAUGGAUUGUGUUCAACUCUGCUGUUGUACCUGUGUGUAUAUUUUUUACCUUCACUCAUACUUGGUACUUAUGAAGUGUAUAUUUUCAUCCGCAAAUGUUUAUAAAAGAUAACUGAAAAUUGUCAGCA